AUGUCAAAACUCUCUCAAACCUUGUUUACAUUAUCCAUCAUUCUCAUAAUAAUAUCAUGUUAUGCCGAUAGCUCCAACACAACAUCACCAUCAUCAUCACUAUGUCCUAUUUCUCUUUGUGGCAAUAUUUUCAUUCGCUACCCUUUUUGGAUUAAGUCCCAGACAAUCAACACUAGAGAUCAAUUUUGUGGUUAUCCUGAUUUUGGUCUUGAAUGCUCCAAAAACAACAAAACCAUAAUCAAUCUUCCAAGUGACACAUAUUAUGUUACCGAUAUAAACUAUGAUAAUAGUUCAAUCACCCUUGUUGACAUAGAUAUAUUGGAUCAAAAAUGUCCAAGGGUAAGAAAAAACGUUACACUUUCUAACCUUCCUUUGUCUUUUAGCAAACUAGAUUUGAAUCUUAGUUUCUACUUCAAUUGUAGCUCUUAUCCUCCAUAUUUAGACCCUAUAGGGUGCUUUAGAGUUAGUAAUGAUGAAAAGUUGAGGUCUUAUGUUUUUGUGGAUGGUGAUGAAGGUGAAAUUGGUUAUGAUAAUUGGAAAUGUGAGGAUCAUGUUGUGGUGAGUGUUAAGGUUGAUGAGCUAUUAAAAGGGUUUGUACUUGAUUGGAGAAAAGGGUUUGAGGAUUGUGCUAAGUGUGAGAACUCUGGUGGAUAUUGUGGAUAUGGUCAAGAGAGUAAGAACUUUACAUGCAUAUGUGGAAAUGGUAGUGUUGUUGCUAAGAGUUGCAAAAAAGUUUAUAAUAUAAUUGUAGUUCUAGUGACAAAAUUUUAUAUUGAAGUUUGA